AUGAGGUCAAAAACUUCCUGCGCACAGGCCCAGCUCUCUGUAAAUCCCAGGUUGCUGCACCCGUAAUUGUGGACCAGUCUUGGGUUUUCGGGAUCGAAUUCGAUCCGCACGCCGCCAUCUCUGUGCGGCCGGAACCCGAUGUUGUGCUUGAGGACGCGGAUCUCGCCCUGCAGCUCAGGAAGGUGCUUGGCCGCCUUGGCCUGGAGCCUUUCGACAUAGUCGGCGUGCACAGACGUGUCGAAGGCCGGCGAGUGCGAGUCAUAGAUUCCCCCCAGCACGGCACAGCCCUCUUUACGGGGGAAGAGCAUCAGAAACUCGCCCUCCUCGACCGGAUUGUUCUCCUUGAACAUAACCUGGUACGGCAGCGUGUUUUCUAUCAGCAGCGUGUGGCCUCUGAUAGGACGCAGGGCCGCGUCAUGACAUCCGUCGAUGUCGUUGUACUGGAUUCCCGUGCAGUUGAUGACGUAAUCGGCGUCGACGUGGGCGAAGUUGCGCACCACACCGCGUUGAAUAGCCACGCCAAGCUUGAGCAGCUCGUUCGCCAGAUACGCGAGGUACUGUGGAGGAGAGAUGGUGAAGGUGUCAAACUUGUAAAUGUGGCUGACACCGGGGAAUUUUUGGUGCUCCUCGCCGAUCCACUCGUAAUUGUCCACAAACGACUUGAGAUCCGGCUCUGUAGCAGGCUCCUUCGGGUCGAUUUCUCCCUUGUAGAGCGGGAUUUUGGUGACCCAGGCCUCUGGAACUUUACUCAGCUCGUCGAAGAUCCGGUACGAAAACUCUGCGCGCUUGUUUCCAGGAGAGCUGGACCACUGCGCUCCUGCCUUGGUGGAGGUAUAGAUGGGGUCUGCGUCGCCGGGGAUUUCCUUGGCCACGACGACGAGAUCGCAGUCAAGCUUGCGCCUGAGUGUCAGGGCAGUGGUCAGGCCGAUGACGCCCGCACCAACAACAACAAUCUUCAUUAAGGAAACAAGUUACACCGCAGUGCUGGAAUUAUGGCUCUGCAUCGGGAAUUAGGCGAUAGAUAAGGCUGGCUGAUAUCGACGCGUCGGCGACGGCGUGCAGGCGGUCGAAGUUUUACCCUCUCAAACAGAAAAUUGUUCUAUUUCGGGAAAUCUGUUUUAAUCCAUGAAACGAUAAGAUCCAUGAGUCUUGUAUCCGAACAACAAUUGCUACAGAACCAGCUCCAGCUCAAACAGCUGGACGAACAAAGACAAAAACAAGCCGAGCAAACAAGAAGCUUCCAAUCCAAAUCGUCGUCCACACAGGAAAUGCUGCAUAACCUGCGCCAGAAAGAAAUGGCCAAGCGAGACCCAACAGACCCGCUGGCAGUGCUGGUUCCGACAGAGGCAAACCCAACAGACAUCCUGGCCACCCGGUUUGGUCUGUGGCGCACCAUUAUUGGCUGUCUUGUGCACUAUCUCAAGGAAACAGUGUCUGUGCACGAGGAAAUAAGCAGACAGCAAAUUAGACUCCAUCACGCCAUCACCUUCCCGUUCGUCACCCAGGGCCUUGACGGCGAAUUUUACCAGCCUGUGAAAGUCAACUCGGGCGCCCCGCAAAGCGGCCAGGGUCUGUUUGGCCACAAGGAGCAGCCGCACCCAGAAACGAACGACGAGUUCGAGAUGGCGGAGAAGUUUUUCCUUCCGCUGGGAAACGGCAGCAUCCAGGAUCUGCCGACCGUGUUAUACCAGUAUCACUCGAACUCGGCGCUUCUGGCCCAGGCCACUGUCAAGGAGCUCAACGGCACCAUCAUUCCGCGGCUGGAAGACCUCAAGCGGGACCUGAUUGUGAAAAUAAAGGAGAUUAAGUCGUUGCAGAGCGACUUCAAGAACCAGGUGGCCAGAUACCACCAGGAGACAAAGCAGGAGCUGAAUGCGUACAUCAAGUCCGUCGAGACCGCCAAACACCACCCUGAGCUGCUCACGCCCAAAGACGACCCGUAUUUAUUGAGAUUCAAUCUCAACAGACUGAUCAAACGGCAGCUGACAGAGGAAAAUUAUUUGCAUGAGGCCUUCAACAACCUGCAGGGGUCGGGCAAAGAGCUGGAGAAAGUUGUGUAUAUCGAGAUCCAGACGGCAUUGACCGUGUACGCGAAACUGAUCGGCCAGCAGGCUCAGAACGUGUUUGAUGGGCUGAUCUCUAAAUUGGACACAGGACUGCUGACCAAGGACCCCAGCUUCGAAUGGGACUCGUUCGUUGCCAAAGACACCAAGAACUUCAUCGACGUGAACCUGCCCAUGAGACAUCUGAGCGAGAUCCACUACCAGCACCAAAAUGACCCUCUCACGUUCGAGAUCCGGUCCGGAUUCUUGGAGAGAAAGUCAAAGUAUCUCAAGUCCUACUCCAAGGGCUAUUACGUGCUGACCCCGACGUUUUUGCACGAGUUCAAGUCUGCCGACCGCAAGCGCGACCCGGUGCCGAUCAUGUCGCUAGCGGUGGAGGACUGCCAGGUGGCUGAGCACUCAAAGAAAGACGAGCACAACCCGAACUCGUACCAUAAGUUUGUUCUACAUGCCAAGCAGAACGGACUGCUCCGGAAAGGCCACAACUGGGUGUUCAGAGCAGAGUCGUACGACCAGAUGAUGAGUUGGUACAAUGAUCUCAAGAAGGUCACAAGCCUGCCCUCUCCGCAGGCACGGUCUGUCAUCGGCUGGGAGCGCAAGAAGCAGGAACGGCUUUCGUCGCUGGCGUCCUCGUCGAUGAUCUCGAAAAACAGAAGAGACACAGAGUUGACCGGGACCGACCAGUCGAGCUACAAGCGCGGCCAGUCGCCGCGAAGUUCCAUUGCGCACCAGUCGCUCAACACGGUGCUGUCGCUGCCGAAGAACCACCACCCUGCCACCGAGACCACGACGGUCGCAGACGCUGAAGUCCAGGCCAAGCCCCGGCUGCCGAUCGACAUCAACAACAGCUCGUUUGUGACUCUCGAGACGGGUAACGGCUAUGUGGACGAGAAGAUCGGCGACAUGACGCUGUCGGAUGAGUCGAAAAAAGAUACUCAAAUGUAGCAGCAUAGCUAAAUUUGAUUAUGUAAGUGUAAAAAUAAUUAAAAUCAUGUCUGG